AUGACGGAUUCUUCAAAAUAUGGAAUUUAUUUGAAUGAUAGUAAAGAUAAAAUAACCUCUCCCAUUCAAUUACAAGAUGGUGAUACAAUUCGUUUUGGUUUUCAACAACAGCAAUGGAGGAUCUCUUAUGAACCGUUUGUCGUGGCUACGUCUCGCCUAAAUGAUGCUGCAGAGAAAGACUCAAUGAUAUCUUCUAUCAAAAAACUGGGCGGCCAUUAUGUAAAUAACUGGAUUGAAGAAUGUACACAUUUAGUUGUUAACGAAAUCCGAGUCACCGUGAAGGUUUUAUCUGCUCUAACCUCAUGCAAGCCGAUCGUAACACCAAAGUAUAUUAUAGAUUUAGUAAACAGCAUCGAAUCAAGGAAGGAAUGGAUCGAUCCUGAAAUUUAUUUGCCAACAUUAUCCGAAAUUGAAGGAGAUGUAACUUCAAGAGACCAAUUUAAAGUCAAUACUAAGAGACAAAAUAUAUUUAGUAGUAAAACCUUCGUUUUUCUAAUAAAUAAACAGUAUCAACGAUUAAAACAAGCCGUAACUUCCUGUGGAGCCAGCACACGACUUGUGGAAUCCAGAGAUUCUAUCGAUCAAACCCUACUGUUAUCUACCGAUAGCCUCGUCAUUACUCCCAAUCUUCACGCUAUGAAAGCGUUAACUCCUGCUCAAAAAGAUCUUAUCGAAACUGUUGAAGGUCUUCUACUAACUAAUGGAUUCCGACUAAUAUCCGAUUCAGAGAUUGGAUUAGCAGUUAUUCAUACCGAUGCACAAAAGUAUUGUAACCCGUCAGAUCCUUCCAUAGUUUCUGCUCCUCAACCUAAACAUCCAAUUGAUCCAGCUACCUCAUCACGACGUACAACGACAUCAGACAUAGAAUCUUCUCAACAAGACACAAAGCAAAAAAGACCACUUCAAAUUACCGAUUCCGAACAAUUGGAACCACAAAAAAAGGCUAUAAAAUUGGAGUAUGAUACACACAACACCGAGUCAAAUGUUGUGAACAAGGAAGACAAAUCAAUGGCUUCAAAAGCUGACGGAGAAUCCAGGGAACUGACGAAAAAGGAAGAGAAUUUGACAGGACUGAAUGAUAAUGAUAAGAAUUCCCAGCAGGAAAACAUACGUAAUGGAUGUAAGCAAUGUGAUCCUCCAACAUCACCUCCAGCUACGGAAAUAGUUGUCAAACCGGGAUAUUUAAGCACAAAGUUAUACGCCGAUCAACAAAUCAAUACUGAAGAUUGUGAAAGAGAAUUUAAUAGGGCGAAAGAAAAAGUAAUCCAUUUAACCGUUGUGCGGACAGAAUCAAAACAUCACGUAGAUGCUUUGAAUGACAUUAAAAAUUUCAAAAAAUUUAGAAAGUCCUAUUAUCCUGGAAGAGAUCGUGUAGGUUUACCUACCAUUAUUGGAGGAAAUGAUCUCCUUCGGUAUACAGCAGGUAGCGACUCAAGUUUAGGAGAUUGGAUACAUGAAGCACGAAGGGCACAUGAUGAGAAAGCCCAAGAAGAUCAACUUGCAGAUGAUUUAUUCAGCAAUCAGAUUGAAGAGAAGCGUGUCAUCAUAUCAAGCUAUAAAAGUAGUCAUUAUAAAUCGAAAAAUUGA